CUGCGCGUCGUCGCCUAUGUGCGCCGGUCCCCGCCGCCACUGGGGCUAGUGCCCGCUGUCCGUCCGCCCGGGCGCCGCUCGCCCGCCCUUCCCCGUGGGGCUAUGAAGUCCUAGAGCCCCGCGGGCCGCAGCAACCGUCCGCCGUCAGUAUGUUCGGCCGCUCCCGCAGCUGGGUGGGCGGCGGUCACGGGAAGGCCGCCCGCAGCAUCCACUCCUUGGAUCACCUCAAGUACAUGUAUCAUGUUUUGACUAAAAAUACAACAGUAACAGAUCACAACCGCAACCUGCUGGUAGAGACUAUUCGUUCUAUAACAGAGAUCCUUAUAUGGGGGGAUCAGAACGACAGCUCAGUAUUUGAUUUUUUCUUGGAGAAGAAUAUGUUUGUUUUCUUCUUGAACAUCUUGCGUCAGAAGUCUGGUCGUUACGUGUGUGUACAGCUUCUACAGACCCUGAACAUCCUUUUUGAGAACAUCAGUCAUGAAACGUCACUGUACUAUCUGCUCUCUAAUAAUUAUGUAAAUUCUAUUAUUGUCCACAAAUUUGACUUUUCCGAUGAGGAAAUCAUGGCAUAUUACAUAUCAUUUUUGAAAACCCUUUCCCUGAAGCUCAACAAUCAUACUGUACAUUUCUUUUAUAAUGAGCACACUAAUGACUUUGCUUUGUACACUGAAGCUAUUAAAUUUUUUAACCACCCAGAAAGCAUGGUCAGGAUUGCUGUUAGAACUAUAACUUUAAAUGUCUACAAAGUGGACAACCAACCUAUGCUGCAUUACAUUAGAGAUAAAACUGCUGUCCCUUAUUUCUCCAACCUCGUUUGGUUUAUUGGAAGCCACGUGAUAGAACUGGAUAACUGUGUGCAGACUGAUGAAGAGCACAGAAAUAGGGGCAAACUGAGUGACCUGGUAGCAGAACAUCUUGAUCAUUUACAUUACCUUAAUGAUAUCCUUAUCAUUAAUUGUGAAUUUUUAAAUGAUGUGCUAACAGACCACCUACUUAAUAGGCUCUUUCUUCCCCUCUAUGUGUAUUCAUUAGUAAAUCAAGAUAAGGGUGGAGAGCGUCCAAAAAUAAGCCUCCAAGUUUCUCUCUAUCUUCUUUCUCAAGUUUUUCUAAUUAUACAUUAUGCCCCUUUGGUGAACUCAUUGGCUGAGGUUAUACUUAAUGGUGACCUGUCAGUGUUUUCUUCUAAAGUUGAGCAAGAUAUACAGAAAAACUCAGCAAAGUCAAGUAUCAGAUGUUUCAUAAAACCAACAGAAACACUUGAGAGGUCUCUUGAAAUUAACAAACAGAAGGGGAAGAAGAGGGUGCAGAAAAGACCCAACUAUAAAAAUGUUGGUGAAGAAGAUGAAGAGGAGAGAGGAUCUGAAGAUAACCAAGAUGACCUAGAUAAGGGUAAAGGUACAGAAGCAAGUUCAAAGGCCAUCAGAACAAGCAGUGAAAAUGAAGAAAUAGAGAUGGUAAUCAUGGAGAGAUGUAAACUGUCAGAAUUGUCUAUCUCUACUGUGACGGAGCAGAAUACAACAGAUGAAGAAAAGAGUGCAGCUGCCUCUGGGACUGAGAUAACGAACUGGAACAGGCCUUUUCUUGAUAUGGUCUAUAAUGCGCUGGACUGUGCUGAAGAUGAUUACUAUGCCCUCUUCGUGCUCUGUCUUUUAUAUGCAAUGUCACACAACAAAGGAAUUGACCCAGUCAAGCUGGAGAGAAUUCAACUUCCAGCUCAGCAUGCUGAAGAGAGAAAUUCAUAUAAUCAUGUUCUUGCAGAAGGGCUCAUCAGGAUAAUGAAUUAUGCUGCACAACCAGAUGGAAAAAUCCGUUUGGCCACUUUAGAACUUGGCUGCCUGUUGCUGAAGCAGCUUGUGUUUUCUAAAAAUGGCAGCAUCAUAAAAGAUGUUCACCUUGCUUGCCUUGAGGGUGCAAGGGAAGAAAGUGUUCACCUCCUUCGUCGUUUCUAUAAGGGAGAAGAAAUUUUUCUGGAUAUGUUUGAAGAUGAAUACCGGAGUAUGACAAUUAAACCCAUGAAUGUAGAGUACUUGAUGAUGGAUGCCUCAAUCUUGCUGCCUCCAACGGGGACACCACUAACUGGUAUUGAUUUUGUGAAAAGAUUGCCUUGUGGAGAUGUGGAAAGAACACGAAGAGCAAUCAGAGUUUUCUUUAUGCUCCGUUCACUAUCGCUGCACUUAAGAGAUGAGCCAGAAACUCAGUUACCACUCACAAGGGAGGAAGAUCUGAUAAAGACAGAUGAUGUUCUUGACUUGAAUAACAGCGAUCUAAUUGCUUGUACAGUCAUAACAAAAGAUGGGGGUCAAGUUCAAAGAUUCCUGGCUGUGGAUAUUUACCAGAUGAGUUUGGUUGAGCCAGAUGUUGCCAGACUUGGAUGGGGUGUCGUUAAAUUUGCAGGUCUUUUGCAGGAUAUGCAAGUGACGGGAGUAGAGGAUGACAGUAGAGCUCUGAACAUAAUAAUUCACAAGCCUGCCUCAAGUCCUCAUUCUAAGCCCUUCCCCAUCCUUCAAGCUACAUUUAUUUUUUCUGAUCACAUUCGCUGCAUUAUUGCAAAACAACGUCUUGCAAAAGGCCGUAUCCAAGCUCGGCGUAUGAAAAUGCAGAGAAUAGCAGCUCUCCUGGAUCUUCCUGUUCAGCCUUCAACUGAAGUUGUUAUGGGUUUUGGACACAGCUCUGCAGCUACAGCCCAACACCUUCCAUUUAGAUUUUAUGAUCAUUCACGACGUGGUAGUAGUGAUCCUACAGUGCAGCGCUCUGUUUUUGCAUCUGUUGACAAAGUUCCAGGCUUUGCUGUAGCCCAGUGUAUAAAUCAGCACAAUCCAUCACCACUCUCAUCACCAUCACCUUCCAGUGGCAGUGGGAGCACAGGGCGCUGUGAUUCAGUAACUGCAAGCUCAACAUCCACUCCUUCUGCUGCACAAAGCCCAUCAGGUCUGGCAGGAAAGGACGUCGGCGGGUGUUUAGUCUGUCGGAGGCUGACAGUCACGGUGGACACUGGGUUUAGGUCUUCAAGCAGCAGCUGCAACAGAAACUCGCGCAAUAUCAAUUCAGAUGAUGCUUCAGCUCCAGAGCAGUCUCAGAUGACCAUAUCUGGUCAGACGAUGUUGACUGACGAAACCCUUUCAGCUGUCUCAAAGUCUAGCAAGAACGCUGUAAAAAACAGUGACAUAGAAAUAGCAAACCUGUCUCCAAGCCUGAUUCCUGCACAGCAGCCCACAAUAUCAUUAAUAACAGAUGACAAUACGGAUGCACUGAGCGUCGAGUCACUUACACUGGUGCCGCCAGUUGAUCCACACAGCAUUCGAACAUUCAGCUGCAUUCCUCAGUCAUCUUUGCAAUCUGAAGUUGAAGUUUGCAAGGUAAAAGAGGUAGAGGAAGAAUGUUCUGACUAAAGCCAACCUGCAUACUGUGAUAAAUGGUGAAGCAAAUGCAACCAAAUUCUUUGUUGUUUUUUUCUUUGGGAGUGCAGAUACCCUUUGAAGCCUGAGGGGCCGUCUGGUCCACAAGAGAAGGCCCACUGAUGAAAGAAUGUGGGCAGCUUUUAGAGCAAACAUCAGAUGCUCAGCAUUUUUAAAAUGGAAAAAAAAAAAAAAACACCCAACCCCAACUUUUGAAUCUGGACUGGCUGUUUCCUACCGAUUUCUGUUAUACAAGAACAUGAAAGUAUUUCAGAGCACUUACCUUCUUUCUACUGUGGAGUUCCAGCUGCAGGAGCUAAGUUAAUUGUAAAAGGUCUACGGUAUUACAGCAGACUGAAGACAUUUUGGAAUACCUGGCCAUUGUAUCAUAAUACCGGGAUAUUGUAUCAUUACUUCUCUGAAACUGGAGAAAUACUAUUGAUCAGAAAAAAUUAUAUAUUGUAGUACAGAGAUAACAUUUCCAUUUGAGACAUGGUGUGUUUUUAAUUUUGAUUGUUGGGGUUUUUUUGUUUGUGUGUUUGUUGGGGUAGGGGGGGUGUUUUGGCUUGGAUUUUUGUAAAACCCUCAUCUCGUUCAUCUUUUGGAGCCCUGCAUGAUACCAGCAGGCUUGGCUGCUUUGAGUGUUGUUGUCUUAGGAUACCAUACUUCAGCAAUGCGUUUUCCAUGUGUAAUAUUUAUUUCAAGGUUUGAUUCAAAGCAAAAUAUAUAUCAGACAAUUUUUUAAAUUAUAA